AUGAAACGUGUAAAAUAUUGCACAGCCUUCGUACAAUGGACAUUCACUGUUUACUGUUUGUCUAAAGUUAACUUUACAGAAGCACUGCAGCAAAUACAUGUCGAUUAUAAUGCUAAUAAUGUGACGGUUCGUGUAACUCCGUGUGGAAACAUUACCAUUAAAUGGUCGUCAGUUGGAAAACAUGAUAUUGAACGAAUUGUAAUGGCAAUCAGCAACGCUUCCAAUGUUAUUGGGAGAUUUCGGAAAGGAGAAUACCGCUGUUACAAAGAUGUAUUCCUCACGGAAACGGAAUGUCAGGAACACUACUCACUGACUGUGAAUGCAUCUGGUGACAUCAUUAUUGUAAUGAGAAAUAUCUCAGAUCCUUAUUUUGGAAGCUACCUAAUAUCUGUUUAUCGUAAAUCAGACGACAAAAUAGACACCUUAUGGAUCAAAGUCUAUAAGAAAGAAUUUUUACUGCGAGAUAGGAGCCCAACUGCAAUGACUCCAACGGUAUCCCUGCCACAUGUGUCACAUACACAUACAAAAGAUUACGUCACCACCGAGGAGAAUAAGCCCAGUGAACAGCCUAAGAGUAACGGUACAGUGAAAAACCACAUUAGUCGGCCCACUUUAGCUUUCAACGGAAAAGAAAAGGCUGUACAGAGUGGAUGGCGUAUACCUGUUCUGGCAAUCUCCACUGGCUGUUUAUACCGCUUGUUAUUGAUAGGGGUAUCAUGGUACAAGAGUACAUGGGAAAAUAAAAUUUAAUUUAC